AUGUUUGCAAUGCUAGGUGAUCCUCGGUUCAACCUCACUUUCUUGUGUCCAUACGUCUUCCAUCAUGGUGUGCUCAAAAGAGUCGAACACACCCACUGCCUACAACCUCUUCCGACCUAUGACGCCACCAGGGCAGACGUCCAUUUUUGGGAAUUAGGAAACGUUCCAAUUGCACCCGGCUUCUACGACGGUGAUCAAGAUGUGCAGCUCGAUAUCAUGAUUUUGCCUCUGGUGCAAGUCACAGACCCUGAUUCCAAAACCUCCAAUCUUUUCGACCCAUUUUUACCAAAGGUCCCUCAAUGGUGCCCACGUCUGAAGUUCUCAACACCCAAAAAGCCCCGGGUCCUCCUGCCAGCAUUCUUGCAGAAGAGAAAACGUUCACAAACUGGGGAUGGUCGGGAUAUCUGCGAGCAUCUAUGGAGCAGGAAAACUGCUUCGUUGAAACAUCAUCACCGGGAGAUUGAGAAUGGCGCAUCUGGUUACAGUGGCUUGGAGAAGGAGGCAAUUGUUAAGGAACUUGCACGUCGAGAGAAGGAUGGGGAAGGUCAUUGA